UUGGAGUGAUCACAUAUAUAUUACUUAGUGGUUUGUCACCGUUCCUCGGGGAUGACCAACAAGAGACGUACGAGAAUGUGACAGCCCUCAAUUAUUCCUUUGACGAGGAUUACUUUUCUUCCACCAGCGAGCUUGCCAAAGAUUUCAUUGAUCGUCUGCUCAUCAAAGACCCAAGAAAACGUGCAACUGUUGACCAGUGCCUAUCGCAUCCAUGGAUUAUGCCUCGAAGCACGAAGCAGAAGGUCCAGAGACAGACCUCACACCUCAACAUGGAGAACCUGAGGAAAUUCAAUGCAAAGAAGAGAUGGAAGCAAUCGAUGAAAGUGGUAUCAAUAUGCAAUAAACUCUCCAAGAAUGCCAGGCUAAGAAGUGCCAGCACAGCAGUGGAUGUUAAUGGGGCUUCCAUGACACUAACACCUUUUGAUGAAGCACCGGUGUCAACUGAUAAUGAAUAUGAUAGCCCUGGGAUUGUAGAUAGUAUUGUAGAGGAAGAGGAGGAGGAAGAUGAAGAUGAAGAGGAGGUGGGGAUAAAAGGGAAACCCACCAAAAUAGAAAGUGUAGAACAGAGUGUUAGUUCUGUAGAAAAUGCCUUGCACUCUGAGAGCACCCAACUAACACCAGAGGCGCAGGUAGUGUCAAUCAGUGGUAACACUGCACUCGAGCCUAACACCAUGAAUGUUACGGUUCCAUCUCGUGUGUUGACUAACGAUAGCAAUAACAAUAACAGCAAUAAUGACUUGUCUAACUAUGCACGUAGCCGUAAGACUAUUAAAACUAGGAAUGAUGGGAAGGGUGAACGUAAGAUAUCAGAGCCUUUAGAGCAAAAACAAGAUAAAGAGAUAGUUGGGAAGAUGUCUGAGUUACCAUCAAACACACAGGCACUGAGUGAAGAUGAGAUAUUGAUGAUUGUGGUGGGGGUUGUUGUAGUAUUUGGAUGUUUCUUGGUAGUUCAUGCCUAGAUUCCUUUUUAAAAGGUGAGGGCCAUUAAAUUUGAUUGUUGAUAACAUUUGCAGAUUAUUUUAUUUCUAAGAUGUUUUUUUUUCAUUAUCAAUAAACAUGUACAUAACUGUAGAAAGUUGUGUAAGCAACGAGUCUGAGUUUUCUGAUGGGGAAAAAGGUCUUCACAAUGUGCUCCUAUUUAAUUAUUAUGACCGUCAUAAUCUAUUUUUUAAAAUGAUUUUGCAGACCAAAAACCCCAUUAAUGUGGGAUUGAAAUGUUAGAUUUGAUUAAUUACAACAUGGAGCUAUGCUUUAUAGCAUUCAAUAUCAUAUGAAUGAACAGUUGAAUAGAGCCCUCUGUUGUUACAUUAUAAAACUAGUGUUUUUUUUUCUACGUGCAGUUACAGCAAUUUGAUAUUUUAUCUGGCUCUUCGGUACCAUGAUCAAUUGAUAAAUUUAAGGAGGGGAAAUAAUUCUCAUGAAUCUAAGAAUUAUGUGUUAUGAAUAAAUAAUCUUGUCUUCAAUAAAUGCACGUACAACUGAAGUAUUGUUUGUCUUCCACUUUUGAAGAAAUGUGUGUUUUGAUGUCUUUUUUGCGCUUAGAUGGAAAAAUAAACUUGGUUUGUAUUGGAUAGAACAACUGUUGCAUUGUUGUCUUCCAGAGUUGCACUAACAGUAGUAGAUUAUAUGUAUAAUUCUGCCUUGUUCUGUCACUCACUCUAACACUUGAAAUAUUAAUCGUAAUGAUUAUUAUUGUAAAAUCAAUCAGAUUGCUCCUUGCUAGAUAUGUGAUAGAAAUUGAUAAAUUGUACAACUUUUAAUUAGGUCUUUAUCUCCUACAUGUAUGCCAAGUCCAUAGAACACCAAUAUUUUUUACUUCUGUGUCAUCGCUUUUCGCACAAAUGCAUAUUCUCUCUCUUGUGUUCUUCCUCCGCUAUAAAAGAUCGGAGAUCAACGGCACAGAUAGAUAUGGGAGGGCCGCAGAUUGAUUUAUUCAUGUAUUAUACUGAAGAUUUUAUUGGAGUUCAUGGUUUUGAUAGAUACUAUAAAGUGAAUUAUAUUUGAUAUAUUUUUGCUCAGUGAUGAAUAUUUUUUGGUGUGUAAUACAAUUUCUUGAUUGAUUAAUGCUAAUUAGUGGAGUGUCUGACUGUCUGAUGCAUUGUUCUAUCUUGUAAAUAAAAUGACAAUAAACAUGAUACUGUCGUUACGGGGAUGCUUCUUAGAAAUUAUUGAGUCAAGUUAGAAGAAUAAUCUACUCUUGAGUUUCAAUCAGUCUUAUAGUGUGGAACAAAUUCGAAAAUAAAUUAUUAUAGUACAAAGAAGGAAAUGAAGUUCAUUUUUUUCAUUAUAAUGCAAGGUUAUUAUUUGUUAUAUAAAUAAUAUGUAUUUUUUGUUAUUAAAUGUUGCUGUCAUAACACAUGUACUACUUAAUUUUGAAUGUAUUGCACUUUUACUUUAAUUGGCGGGUACUUGUGUGUUAUAAGAUGGAAUUUUAGAGUUUGAGUUCAGAAAAUGAAUUAUCAGCAUUAUACUAGACAAUCAGAAUCAUGCAAUUACUUCUAAUGAAGUUGAUAAAAGUUUGAAAUGUGAUCACGAAGAUGUCAAUAGAUCUGAUAUAAUUUUGUAUAAAUUGUUCUAAAGUUUUAAUUCAAGUGUUAUUUAUGAAAUUAGCAAUCAGUUUAAAAAUGAUAGUUUAUUAGAUGAGUGUGAAGUCAAUUAUGCAAAAUGCUGUUAAAAUGUGAUCACUGAUUUAAAAAAAUGUCAUUAUCUUGUUACUUUUUACAAGAUCAACAUAUUAACAUUGAAGGUGAUCAUUGAAAAUUGCAUGAUAUAGACAAGAAGUAUCCUCUUUCAUUAUAUUUCAAGUAUAUUUUUUUACUUCCUUUUCACUUUCGGGCAGUACUUGAAGCAUAGCGUUUUUUUAUUAAGAAAUUUCUAAUUUUAAACCGAUUCCUAUACGUGAGCAUUCUCCUGUAAUAAUUAAAAUAAAAAUAUUGUAAUAGAUAUAGUCAUUUGACAUUAUAUGAAUUUGGAAACAAAAGAGAAGGCACUUACGUUUUGGUGUGUGUCACUUGAUUAUCGCAUACGCAUACAUUAUGUAUGUAAUACGUAUACAUGAUACAUGCUGCAAACAUUUUAUAUGUAGUGCCAGUGGUCAUGGCGAGCCUGCAAUAGACAGAAUUCAUAUGGAUCCAAAAUUGCACAAAUGAUGUCAUUGUAACAUGGGCUGAAAGAUCAUUAUCAAGCAAAUGACAAGGAUCUUUUUAGGUGCCGCAUAU